AUGUUCCACUGCAUCCCCUUGUGGCGGUGCAACCGCCAUGUGGAGUCCAUCGACAAGCGGCACUGCUCGCUGGCCGCCGUGCCCGAGGAGAUCUAUCGCUACAGCCGCAGCCUGGAGGAGCUCCUGCUGGAUGCAAACCAGCUCCGUGAGCUGCCCAAGCCUUUCUUCCAACUUGUGAAGUUACGGAAACUUGGACUAAGUGAUAAUGAAAUCCAGCGGCUCCCUCCAGAAAUAGCAAAUUUCAUGCAGCUGGUGGAACUUGAUUUGUCUCGAAAUGAUAUUCCUGAAAUACCAGAAAGCAUCUCAUUCUGCAGAGCACUACAGAUAGCAGAUUUCAGUGGGAAUCCACUGACUAGGUUGCCUGAAAGCUUUCCUGAAUUACAGAACUUAACGUGUCUUUCAGUAAAUGACAUCUCUCUGCAAGCACUACCUGAAAACAUUGGGAAUCUCUAUAACCUGGCUUCACUGGAACUUAGAGAAAAUUUGCUGACAUAUUUACCCGAAUCACUUGCCCAGCUGCAGCGACUAGAAGAACUUGAUUUAGGAAACAAUGAACUUUAUCACUUGCCAGAAACAAUUGGUGCACUUUUCAAUCUUAAAGAUCUCUGGCUGGAUGGAAACCAGUUAGCCGAAAUACCUCAGGAAGUAGGAAACCUGAAAAACCUGCUUUGUCUGGAUGUUUCUGAAAAUAAAUUGGAAUGCCUUCCUGAAGAAAUUAGUGGUCUGACUUCUUUAACAGACUUGCUUGUUUCUCAGAAUUUACUUCAGAUCUUACCUGAUGGCAUUGGAAAAUUGAGGAGGCUCUCCAUUUUGAAGGUUGAUCAGAACAAACUUAUUCAACUAACAGAUUCCAUUGGAGACUGUGAAAGCCUUACUGAGCUUGUUCUAACAGAAAACCAACUGCAGUCAUUGCCGAAGAGCAUUGGAAAACUAAAGAAGCUGAACAAUUUGAACGCUGACAGGAACAAAUUGACAUCUCUGCCCAAAGAAAUUGGGGGAUGUUGCAGUCUUAAUGUCUUUUCUGUACGUGACAACAGAUUAUCUCGAAUUCCCUCUGAAAUUUCACAAGCCACCGAACUUCAUGUCCUGGAUGUUGCUGGGAACAGGCUGACGUAUCUUCCCCUUUCACUGACUACCUUAAAACUGAAGGCUUUGUGGUUGUCUGAUAAUCAGUCCCAACCUUUACUGACGUUUCAGACUGACACAGAUCCUGAAACAGGAGAAAAGAUUUUAACAUGUGUAUUACUUCCUCAAAUGCCUUCUGAGCCUGGUUGCCAAGAUAACCUACCACGAUGUGGUGCACUAGAGAGUUUGGUAAAUGAAAUGUCAGAUGAAACAUGGAAUGAGCGGGCAGUGAAUAGAGUCAGUGCAAUUCGCUUCUUAGAAGAUGAAAAAGAUGAAGAUGAUAAUGAAAUGAGAACACUUCUAAGGCGAGCCACUCCACACCCUGGAGAAUUAAAGAACAUGAAAAAGACAGUGGAGAAUUUACGGAAUGAUAUGAAUGCUGCUAAAGGACUGGAUUCAAACAAAAACGAGGUCAAUAAUGCCAUUGACAGAGUGACCACUUCCGUGUAG